AUGGCGGACGUGAAGAGAAAAAAAAUCGUUUUCCCUCCACCUGCGAAAAAACAGAAAACAGGAUUGCGUAAAUUCUCUAAACUACCAGUAGAAAUUUGUGAAAAUCAUGACGCUGUUCUGUAUCCAAUACAUCGAGCUAUAGCAUCAAAACAUCUGCCUUUUCAUGGAAUAACAUUAGUCCACUUCGACUCCCAUCCGGACCUCACAAUUCCCGCCAAAAUGACGGCCGAUUGGGUGUUUGAUACAGAUAAAUUGUCAGAGGCAAUAAGUAUCGCUGAUUGGAUACUACCUGCAGUGUAUGCUGGACAUAUUAAUCGCGUUGUUUGGGUUAAACCUGAUUGGGCCGAUCAGAUUGAAGGAGAGGAGAAAACCUUCUACAUUGGGAAACACAAAGAAACGGGAUAUUUAAGGGUCACAUGCUGCGAUAACUACUUUGUUGAAGAACUACUUUAUGCACCUCUGGACCAGCUAGAAAAUACCAAGGAAUUAAAUGUUAAAAUCUUUACUUUAAAUUGUUCAUCAAAGCCAUCCAAAACCUCUGAUGAUGCUGCUAAAAAUAUUCAAGAUUSUAAGGAAAUCAUUCCUUGUGCUCAUAUAGCAAGACAGAAAUUGUUGGAUGAGGAAGUGGGAUUAUUCAAAGAUAUGAAUUUUAUAGUAGACAAAAUGAAGUCAUCAUUUGUUAAGUGCGUAGAGCCAUUGGUUAGUCUGAUAUCAUCAUUGUUAAAAGAAAAUCAACCAUAUAUUCUUGAUGUUGAUAUGGACUUCUUUUCAACAAAGAAUCCUUUUAAGGAGCUCUUCACUGAGGAAGAAUUUCAGUGCCUUGCAGAAGUAUACAAAUUCCAAUCUCCACAGACUGACAGUGAGAAAGAGCUUAACAAGUGUAUUUUAGAGAGAUCAUCUCAGCUGGAGUCAAUAGAGUCAACAAUAAAGUAUGCAGAGAAUCUCGAAAAGGUACCUGACAGUACCCCAGACAGUGAAUCAAAAGUAAAUCAACAACUGCUUCAGGUGAUACAGGAUAUCAGAUCAUCCAGUGAUGGAGAAAAACCUGAUUGUGAAUUGAUCCAUUCAGCAGGUAUGACAAUAGACCUCCCACAUCAUAUCAGUACCAAACAAGAGAUUGACAAUCUACUAAACAUGCUUUACUUCACAAUGUUCUCACUUCCAAAACCAACACUGGUUACCAUGGCAAGAUCAACAUAUGAUGAGUACACACCACCACAUCAGAUAGACUAUAUACAAAACUCUCUUGUAAAGAUACUUGGUGUUAUGUAUGGACAAGACUUCAUUGAUGUUCACUUAGAUUAUUAACAAUUAUUUCUGAACCAAUGUAAAUGUGAAUAUUAAUAUUAAGGAAAAUUUCUAUAUCGAUGCAAAUGUUAAUGGCAAUGUGUUUGGUCAGGCUUUCAAACUUAAGAGAACAUUUGAAGUGAAUUUUCUAUGUUGUGUACUCUUAUCAAACUUAGAAUGAGGUCAGAAAUGAACAAAUCUCAAGUGGACUGGAACUACCAGCACAGCUUGUUUCUCUGAUGUCAGUCUCUGUUUGAUGAUAGUACACACCAUAAAAAUUCAUUUUGAAUAGUUAAACCAAUGUGCUAUGGAUGAUUUAUAGUAAGUUUUAUUAGAUUGAUUUUUUUUAUUGUAAAGAUGCUGUUGCUCUGCAGAAUUUCCCUCAGAAAUUAAUGGCGUUGUGAAAUAAACCGGUGGGGAAAUUGCA